AUGGUUAUGGGCUUUUCAAGCUGCUGUCCGUGUCCAGGGCGUGGCAGUUCUUUCUCAAGUCCUCCAGUGUCCUUUGGAAUCGAAUAGCAUAUGGUGAAGGGAGAAUGUCUGUCAAUCAGAUCCGCCUCUCGCUCGUCCUCUCAAAGAACGUGCCCCUCUAUCUCGAAAUCCUGUUGCAAGAUCACUUCUCCGACUCACCACUCAUAAUGGCCGACUUGUUAAAAAACGAUACGCAUCGGAUACGAGAAAUCUUGAUGCAGCAUCACUCAAGAUACGAUGGGGAACCGUUAAUUAGGGACCUCUUGUUCCGAGACACCUUGAGCGUGCUUCGCGGGCUCGGUACAUUCUCCACUUGUGAAUGUCUGACAUACAUUGGCUCACCAAUGGAUGGACUAAUCCAAGUGGAUGGACGGGAAUUACCAGAUAUGCCCGCCAUUCGCCACUUGAUUGGGUUUAGUCUCGAUUCGUCAACCCUCGACAUCAAUCUCAAUACUGUCAUGCAUUUCAGUUCGGCGUCUUCUGCUUAUUCACUAGAACCAAUUCUCCAACGAUGCACUCGGUUACAGCAGCUUGAUCUUCUCGACACCCUCGAGCAAAACAUCAACUUUCGCGAGCCGUCGAAACUCCCAUCACUUGAGGUGCUGGUUUUCGAUAGGAGCGGUGUCUCUAAUAUACGCCCUCUUCUAAUGCUAAAGGGAGAUCGACUCAAAACACUCCACCUAAAGCUUCAAUGGUUCGAGCUCGCCGAUAUGACCUUCCUGUCCCACCUUCCCAUCCUCACUCACCUUAGUAUAGACUUUGUGCUACCUAAAUAUACUAUCCGAGAACUCUCCAUCAAUAUACCGCCCCUCCCUAAAGUCGAAGAGUUCCACUUCAACGAACGGUCGGAGGCGCCGGACCAGAAGUACGACGGUACACCACCAAGUCUCGAAAAUCUUUUCACUGCACUAAUCCAAAAUGUUCUUCAACCUCGAACCCUCAGCUUUGACCUAUUCCGGCCAGUGCCUCCUCGCCUCAUGCUCCGAUACCUUAGAUCUCUGAAAAACCUGGAAGACCUCCAAUAUCACCACGAAAAUCCUUACACCGAAGUCCUCAACGAACCACCAACGCGUCUGGA